CUGCCCCUCCCCCAGCCCCAGCUUCAUUUACCUCCGACUCAUCUGGUCAUAUUUUUAGCUCAGGCGUCUCUCCCUUUUCCUUUCUUAAUAUGGUGAUAAGCUCACGGGCCAGCGUGGGGACAGGGGCUGAGGAGCCCUGGACGGUGGGGGAGGGGGAGGGAAGGAGCCGCUGGGAGCCUGGGUGAGAGGUGUCUGAGGUGGGAGGACUCGGACCCUCAUGGCGCUGUCCUGGCCUCAGAAGGUUAUCCAUCCCUCCUGCCAACCAUGGAGACAUAUUUAGACAGGACCAGGUGGGGGCCGAGAGGUGCCAGUUUCAGGGGCAGCUCUGGUUCCCUCUCCGCCCCCUGUUCCUAAUCCUCCUCCUGACCCUUUUCUCUUGGCUUCUGUCUCCAGUUUCUCCAGGACCCAGCAGUGUUCUCUGUCCACUGCUCUGGGCCUUUCCCCACCCCGCCCCCACCUUGAGCCCCUUACCUCAGGAUUCAGGACCCAGAGGCCCCUCCCCACCCCAGCUAACCUCCUUCUGGACCAGGAGCACUCACCCAGAGCCCACUACCUCCAUGAGUGCAACGGACAGGAUGGGGGCCAGAGUGUUGUCAGGUCUGCGGCUGGCACUGCUCCUACUGCUGGUGCUAGGGACACCCCAGUCAGGGGUGCAGGGGGAGGAAGGGCUGGACUUCCCCCAGUACGAUGGUGUGGACCGUGUGAUCAAUGUCAAUGCAAAGAACUACAAGAAUGUGUUCAAGAAAUAUGAGGUGCUGGCACUGCUCUAUCAUGAGCCCCCCGCGGAAGACAAAGCCUCACAAAGGCAGUUCGAGAUGGAGGAGCUUACCCUGGAGUUAGCAGCCCAAGUCCUAGAAGACAAGGGUGUUGGCUUCGGGCUGGUGGACUCUGAGAAGGAUGCAGCUGUGGCCAAGAAACUAGGAUUAAUUGAAGAGGACAGCAUUUAUGUGUUCAAGGGAGAUGAAGUCAUUGAGUAUGACGGCGAGUUUUCUGCUGACACCCUAGUGGAGUUUCUGCUUGAUGUCCUAGAGGAUCCUGUGGAGUUCAUUGAGGGUGAAAAAGAGCUGCAGGCAUUUGAGAAUAUCGAAGAUGAGAUCAAACUCAUUGGCUACUUCAAGAACAAAGACUCAGAGCAUUUCAAAGCCUACGAGGACGCAGCCGAGGAGUUUCAUCCCUACAUCCCCUUCUUCGCCACCUUCGACAGCAAGGUGGCGAAGAAGCUGACCCUGAAGUUGAAUGAAAUCGAUUUCUAUGAGGCCUUCACGGAAGAACCGGUGACCAUCCCAGACAAGCCCAAUAGCGAAGAGGAGAUUGUCAGCUUCGUGGAGAAGCACAGGAGAUCAACCCUGAGGAAACUGAAGCCUGAGAGUAUGUAUGAGACCUGGGAGGAUGACCUGGAUGGAAUCCACAUUGUGGCCUUUGCAGAGGAAGCUGAUCCUGAUGGCUAUGAAUUCUUAGAGACACUCAAGUCUGUGGCCCAAGAUAACACUGACAACCCUGAUCUUAGCAUCCUCUGGAUUGACCCUGAUGACUUCCCUCUGCUGGUACCAUACUGGGAGAAGACGUUUGACAUCGACUUGUCAGCUCCACAAAUAGGAGUUGUCAACGUUACUGAUGCGGAUAGCAUAUGGAUGGAGAUGGACAACGAGGAGGACCUGCCUUCAGCUGAGGAGCUGGAGGACUGGCUGGAGGACGUGCUGGCGGGCGAGAUCAACACAGAAGAUGAUGACGAUGAUGACGAUGACGAUGAUGACUAGUUAGCUGCGGUGACCAUCUCCAAGCUCCAACUGAUCUUCUCAUGCUCCCUCCUGCCUUCCCUGUCCUUCCCUGAGCUCCUCCAGGGACACUAAGCCAUUGGGGUCUAUAUGCUGGUGCUGAGACCCUUGUCCCCCUCAUCUGAUGAGGAAAGGAGCUACUUUGCCCUAGAUGCCAAUCAAGCCCUCUCAUCUGACUUGUGUUUCUUGUCUCAUAAUUUACCAACAUCUAUUAUAUGUUUCUUCCAUCACUCUCUAUACUCUUUACCCUGAUUCUCCUCUUGCCAUAUCUACAGGUCCCCUUCUCUCCCAUUCCUUCCACCUAAGCAACAAUUUCCCUCACUCUCUCAAACCCUAUAUGCUCAGUCUCUGACCCCUAGCCAGGAGGAAGAGAGGGUAGUGUUUGAGGCUGUAUCACAGCAGUCUCUUGUUAAUGUAUUUGGGUCAAAUGAGAGGUCUCAAUAAAGAGAUCUGGGGCAGCAUGAGCAAGUGUCUGUUGAUGAAGUCUCACCCUUGGGCAGGAGGGAGCAGGCUGGGAUGGGCGGGUAGCUUGGGUGUGAAUGCCUUGAUAGGAGUGGGCUAGGGAACUGUGAUAGCAGGGAGUUGGGUCUCCCUCCGGGCAGUCAUCCCAGGGGAGCCUGGAUUAUUUAUUCCUUUCGAGUCAACAAGCCUAUUCUGAACACAUGGUGUUUGUCCAGCACUGCUGUUAGGCUCUGGAAGAAUAGAGAAUGCCAGGCCUGUCCCUGCUUCUGAGCAGAUCAGCCUCACUGGGAAGUCAAGACAAGCACACUAAACAAUUGAAGAAAAAUGCAAAGCAAUAUGUAAUUAAGUGAUUACACACUGUUGGAUAGCACUCUCCCUGCAGCUCUUACUUGAACUUCAAGGCUGAGCCCAAACUCAGUGAGGCCUUCUCAGAGCAGGCCCCUCCCUGCAGUCCUCUCAUCUGGGUUCCCACUGCUCUCUCUGUACACCUCACAUGCACACUCAGCACAUUCUGUCUGGUUCUUCAUCUACAGGUCUGUCUUCCCCACUAGC